AUGUUGAUGAGCAGUUUCUACUUAUUCUUUGCUUUGUUUUUGGGAUAUAUUGGGGCAUUCGUAAUCCAGAAUCUUAUAAAUUGUUUGAGGAAUUGGAGACUGGCAAGACAACAACCAUUGGCUCAAGAAGCGGCAACAGUAGAAAAAAUCAUUGAAGAAACAGAUGAUGACUCGACCAGAGAAGACUCACAUGUUUAUGUGGCGCUGAUGGAUCCAGAACUUCUCGAUUGCCCAAUCUGCUGCGACCCCCUCAAGAUUCCUAUAUUUCAGUGUACUAAUGGUCAUCUAGCUUGUUCUCUGUGCUGCAACAAAAUCAAGAACUUGUGCCCGUCUUGUCAAUCAAUGAUUGGAUUCAUUCGUUGUAGAGCCAUGGAGAAAGUCAUUGAAGCAUCUAGAGUGCCAUGUCCAAAUUUCAAAUACGGCUGUAAAAAGAAAAUCUCGUACGAAAACCGCUCUAUCCACCAGAAGCAAUGUGUUUUCUCCCCGUGUUCUUGCCCCGUGCGUGACUGCAACUAUACCGGCUCAUACGAAGAUCUCAAGAACCAUGUUAAUGUUAAACACAAGGAAGGACUGGUUCUUUUUACCUGGAACACUCCUUUAGCCCUCAAGUCUAUCUUCAGUGAGAAGAUUACCAUUUUGUUGAAAGAAAACAAAGAUGGGGAACUGAUUGUAGUUCAAGGUUUUGAAGGAUCGUACGGUACGAUUGUAAAUGUGAGCUGCAUUGCACCUUUGGGAAUUUCUAGGCGCAGAAUAGCCUGCCGUCUAGAAUUGAAAGCGCUGAGAAGCACAAUAAAGCAGGUAUUAUUGGUGAAGAGAAUUCAGAAAAUGAGUGAGGAACAUCUCAAAGACGUUUUCAUGUUGAUUCCUCCGUAUAUGUUGCCUAAGGGAUUAUUCAGCAUGGAGAUAUGCAUCAGCCGAGAUUAUAUUCAUCGUCAAGCUUGA